AUGGCUGCCGGAAAUGGAAGGGACAAUCACCUUGCUGUCUGCCCUUGCCGCCAUCCACUCCUUUCCUUCCCAGCGUUCUCUACACCGACGUUCUUUGGCAAAGGCUGCUGGCUAGCCCUGCCGAAGAUCUUUUAUUUCACACGGCACAGUCAAGGAUCACUAUCAGCAUCAACGGCUGCUGACAACUCUGACGGUGGUUACCGUUCCCUGGUGUACUUCAUACGCGGUUGCUUCACCCGACGGACGGACUCCCACUCCUCUAUCAGUCUCCUUCCGUCCUUUCUCUUUCUCUUUCUCGUUCGUUCUUCCUUCGCUCCCUUUCUUUCGACCAGCAGUCAGCGCAGGCUCUUCGACGUUGACCGUCGUCGCUCAUCUUUGAUUUCUGGAUUUACCUGGCUCCUGGCAAAUCGAGCCCGCCUCGCCGUCGACCCGACACCCCAUUCGUUACCAAGGAUCAUAUCAGCCCCUAACCCCCCUACUCACCUCGUCUGA